AUGGCGGGCAUGUCUCGAAACAACUCUACCAGCUCUAUCCAGGGCUUCUCCGUCUUCCAGAAUUCUCUCGGUGCCCCUCUUCAGUUCCUCCCGGCCCUUGGCACCAAGCAGCUAGACGACAUGAUCGAUGCCUACGUCGCUGGCUCUGCUUCUAUCCAGGAGAAGCGAGCUCAGGUGUCCAUGGACUUCUUUGAGUAUGCUCAGCAGACCGGCGAGACCUUCAAGUACUACCCUGUCUUCUCAGCCGCUUUCGGCUCCACCACAGACUCUCCUGCGAGCUCUGCGAUGCAAGACUCCGGAUACGGCUCUGCCUUCAACGUCUCCCCAGUCAUGUCUGACCUGGCAUGGAGCCAGUCCACCGCAUUCACAUCUCCUGAGCAGUCCUUCAACUCUUUCACGCCAUCCCAGCAGAAGCAGACCGCCUCGCGGAAAGCCUCCAACUCAACCGCCAAGGCUCAGACCACCGACUUCUCUCACCUCCCAGGCAUGAAGAUCAUGACCAAGGACGGACAGGAUGUCACCAACUCUGCGUCCCGAGGCUGCAAGACCAAGGAGCAGCGAGACCAUGCACACCUCAUGCGCAUUCUCAAGGCCUGCGAUGCUUGCAAGAAGAAGAAGAUACGGUGCGAUCCCAGCCACCGCAAGGCCGCCAGGACAGCAUCCCAGGCUUCAGUCCAGACCGAGGCAAAGCCGGCGAAGAAGGUGAAGAAGUCUGCUUCACAAUCGCCUCCAGCGGUCAGUCCUGAGGUAGCUCUCGCGGGCGCUUCUUUUCAGAUGGCUCCCGCUCCAGCAGCCCCAGUUGAAGACUUCUCAGGCUUCGCUCAAGAACCCUGGGAUCAGUUCCUGCAGUACGAUGAGGAGGCUACCGCUGCCAUUCCUGAUGACUACGACUUCUUCUUUGACCCAGCGGGCUACUUCUCACCGAGCUCCGGCUCUUCCACAAGCUCGAUCCAGCCCUUCACUCCUGCGGUCACUGCGCCCUCUGCCGGCCUCUUCAACGACAACUAUGUCCUGCCUGUUGCCGACAGCCAGGAGCCGAUUCUCCCAUACCUCAAUCCAGGAGGCCAUGGCAGCAACUACGUCGACUUCAACCUGUACUCGCCUGCUUCUAGCUUCAUUGAUGAGGAGCCUCAGCCUCUCCAGAAGAAGUCCGAUGGCACUCUUGUUGACCAGCAAUCAAGGUCGCAAGGAGUAUUGAAGUCACAGACCCGUGGCCAAGAUGUUGCUGCUACUUCCUCAUCCACACAAGCAAGCGGUACUUCGACCUCUCAAGCCCGAUUCACUGGCGAAUUCUACGACCAGAACUGGUACAACCUGGUGGCUCCACCAGCGCCGUACCCGAUGAGCAUCACGAUGAGUUCAAUCGCAAGAGAGAUGCGAUACAGCGUGCCGUCUCUGCUCAAGGAUUAUCUACUGGCUCUACCGUCACUACUGACGCUGGCCGUGAUGUCCUUGAUGAAUAUGCUGAGAAUCACCGCAUACGCCGUCGUGGCGGUGCUGCUGUUCUCCGCGGUAUCGAGUCACGCCUGUCAUCCAUAUCCUCAGGAGUAA